UCCGGUCCACCAUUCUUCUGGCUCGGCGGUUCCAGAGCUGAGGGAGACUCUCUUGUUCCGUGUGCUGCGCUGUGACCGUCUGCUGGGAGCUGUGAAGAGAGCGGGGCGAGCUCGGAAUCCGCCAUGGAUACAGUGACCUAUGAAGAUGUGCAAGUGAACUUUAGUCUGGAAGAGUGGGCUUUGCUAGAUCCUUCGCAGAAGAGUCUCUACAGAGAUGUGAUGCUGGAAACUUGUGAUAACCUCAUUGCUAUAGGCUACAAAUGGGAAGACCAGAAUAUUGGAGAACAUUGUCAAAGUUCUAGAAGACAUGGAAGAUAUAUCAUCUGUCACUCUGGAUAUAAGCCAUGUGAGCAUAAGGGAUCUGGAAAGAAGAUAGGUACCUCUCUCUCACCCAGAAAAACCAAAAGAUAUGUAGUAGUUACUACUAUGAGUAGACAGUGUGAUUGUGAAUCAAGUAUAGAAUUUAUUGGAUUUCCAGCAUCCCUGGGAAUACACCAAUAUUCUUACACUGAAGAAAAGGUUUAUGAGUACAAGGAAUUUGGAAAUUCUUCUGUCUGUACUGGUUCAUGUUGCACAUGUAAUAUGAUUCCCACUGUAGGAAAAUGUUACAAAUGCAAUCAGUGUCAUAAAGCUUGGGGUUCUUACAGUUCUCUUCAAAGAAGUGUAAAAACUCAUAUGGUAAAAGGAACUGAUGAAUGUAACUCAUGUGCUAAAGGGUUAAACCAUCACAGGUAUCUUGAAACAUGCAAAAGAACCCAUAAAGAGGAGGAAUCCUGUGAAUGUAAACAACAUGAUAAAACAUUUAGAUCUGAUUGCCCAUUACAGUUACAGCAAGGGACACAUUUGAAAAUUAAACCCUAUGAAUAUAAUCGAACUGAUAAAGCCUUUGCAUGUCAUACAUACCUUCAAUUACCUAGAACGAAUACUAUAAUGAAACAGUAUGAAUAUAAACAAUGUGAUAAAGCUUUUACAUAUCCCAGUAUUCUUAAACAACAUGAAAGAAGUGAUACUGGAGAGAAUUCCUGUGAAUUUUAUCAAUGUGGUAGAGCAUUUGCACAAAAAAGUCAUCUCAGUCAUGAAAGAACUCAUACUGGAGAAAAACCCUAUGAAUGUAAUCUGUGUGGUAAAUCCUAUACAUGUAAAAAUGCUUUUAACAUUCAUGAAAGAAGUCAUAAAAGAAAGAAAACCCAUGAAUGCAAUCAAUGUGGUAAAGCUUUUAUGCGUAAAAGUCAUCUUCGCAGUCAUGAAAGAUGUCAUACUGGAGAGAAACCCUAUGAAUGUAAUCAAUGUGGUAAAGUCUUUGCAAGUAAAAGUCAUCUUCACAGUCAUGAAAGAAUUCAUAGUGGAGAGAAACCCUAUGAAUGUAAUCAAUGUGGAAAAGCAUUUGCGUGGAAAAGUCUUCUUCACAGACAUGAAAGAAUUCAUACUGGAGAGAAACCCUAUGACUGUAAUCAUUGUGGUAAAGCCUUUGCACGUAAAAGUGAUCUUCAAAGUCAUGAAAGAAUUCAUAAUGGAGAGAAACCCUUUGAGUGUAAUCAAUGUGGUAAAACAUUUGCACAGAAGAGUCAUCUUUACUAUCAUGAAAGAAAUCAUACUGGAGAGAAACCCUAUGAAUGUAAUCAAUGUGGUAAAACAUUUUCAUGUAAAAGUCAUCUUCACAGUCAUGAAAAAAUUCAUAAUGGAGAGAAACCCUAUGAAUGUAAUCAAUGCGGCAAAGCUUUUAUACGUAAAAGUCAUCUUCGCAGUCAUGAAAGAAUUCAUGUGGGAGAGAAACCCUAUAAAUGUAAUCAAUGUGGUAAAACAUUUGCAAGGAAAAGUGAUCUUCACAGUCAUGAAAGAAUUCAUAGUGGAGAGAAACCCUAUGAAUGCAAUCAGUGUGCCAAAGCCUUCACACGUAAAAGUCAUCUUCACAGUCAUGAAAGAAGUCAUACUGGAGAGAAACCCUAUGAAUGUAAUCAAUGUGGCAAAGCAUUUGUACAUAAAAGUUAUCUUUAUUAUCAUGAAAGAAAACAUACUGGAGAGAAACUCUAUGAAUGUUAUCAAUGUGGUAAAGGAUUUGCAUGGAAUAGUUCUCUUCAUAGACAUGAAAGAAUUCAUGUUGGAGAGAAACCCUAUGAAUCUAAUUAAUGUGGUAAAGCCUUUACACGUUAAAGUGACUUUCACAGUCAUGAAAGAAGGCAUACUAGAGAGAAAUCCUAUGAAUGUAAACAAUGUAGUAAAGCCUU